AUGGCACCAUCUCAAACCCAAGAAGACAACGCCUCCGGCUCCAAGAGCUCUGACCUCUUGAAACACUCUAAAGAAGAAUCGGUUCUUACAGACAAGGACCGCAAGGCACUUGUAUUCACAGACAAACACAGCUCCCCUGAUGUAUACAUCAGCUACAACAAAGAUACUCUGUGGUAUCCUUGGGUGACUACAUUGGAGGUCAAGCCUCUACGAUUUGAGACUCGGUCAGGCAGCUUCGUGAUCGCUUUGCGUACCCCAGUUGAUGCAUGGCUUGGAAAGCAUAGACAUCGAGGUACUGUGACGGCUGUUACACUUGCGGGUAACUGGGGGUACAAAGAAUACGACUGGACAGCGGGACCUGGUGACUAUGUCGUUGAGAACCCUGGCACAAUCCAUACACUAUUCAUGGGCGCUGGGUCAGAAGUGGUCUUUACAAUCUCGGGUAGUCUUGAGUUCUUCCACGAUGACGAUAGUUUGAAGGAGACGAUGGACAUUUUUAGUUUCUCGCAGUUGUAUUACGAUCACUGCGAGGCAAAGGGUGUGGAGCCCAAUGCGGGUCUGUGGUAUUAA